AUGGCAUCUGAAAAGGGUUCUGAUAGUUCUAAUGGUGAGACAGUGGAUCAGGUUUGCCGUGACUUUCUUCGGAAUGUGUGUCGUCGAGGAAAGAGAUGCAAGUAUUCGCAUCCAAAUGAAAGUGAACAGGAAAGUCUUGGAGCUGCUGUUGGAGCUGGCAAAAAAGAAUAUGUGUUUUGCCAUGAUUACCAGAAUACUCAGUGUACACGGCUUAAUUGCCGCUUCAUUCACUGCACUAGAGAAGAAGAACAUUUCUUCAAACUGACAGGAGAACUACCUGAGCAUGUGUUACAAGACAGCAUCAGAAAAGGCAUCACUAUUGAUCCUUCAAAUCCAGGCAAUGCACCUGUAUGUAAGGACUACUUAAAAGGAAGUUGUCGGCGAGCUGGAAAAUGCAAAUUUCGUCAUUUGACAUUAAGAGAGUAUGAAAUUGAGCUUGGAUUCCAUAUUGGAAGUCUACCAUCCUGGCAGAGUCCUGGCUCUACAACUACAACAACAACAAACACAACAGCAGCAGUUGCGGCAGCGGCUUCUGUUACGACUUCAAGGCGUCGUGGCUAUGAGGACGGUGAAUAUGAUUAUUAUGGUAAGACCAGUACUGCUGGUAUUGGAUAUGAUGGUGAAUUAGGUCCACCGGAAGUGAAACGUCGUCAUAUUGUGAGUCUGGAUCCACACACUCAUACAAUUUGUAUUCGUGAAGAGCCUGAGAUUCCAAGUGAGCAUGCCUAUCCAGCACAAGCGACUACAACUGACAUGGCAGCAUAUCAUGCUGCCACACAGAGUACGCUUGCUGAAGAUGGAACUACUACAGAAGUGCCACAACCUGAAACAGAAGAGCAGAAAGUCCAAGUGGCUGCCACUGAAGCUCCAGCUGCAAGUGAAUAUUAUCCAGAACAGAAUGUUGCUUCUUACGAUUAUGAAUCGUAUGGUCAAUGCUACUGCUGCUACAGCACUACCUGUUAUAAUGCCCAGCACUGGAGCUCCUAUUAUGCCGGUUCAACCUACUAUAGCCCAGAUUCCACCAGUUCAAGCCCAAGCUCUCAAGCCAAUGGCCAAUAUUGGCAAAACAGCCAGCACACCACUUCGCACAGUCAAUGCUAG